AUGGCAGUUGAAUGUACCCGUGAAGGGCUUCUAAGCGCUGCCGACUCGUAUCUCAAAGCCCAAGUCGCGGGUAGUAUCUCUGGCCUGAAAUUCACAGCUGCCAACUUCACCUACCAACUCAACAACAAAGCUGCAGACAUCUCCAAGUCCCUCCUGACGUCGCCCUUGAAGCUGGAUUUGAGUCGCUCAACGGCAGAUACUGUGGGAUGCGCAUCAUAUACGAUGUUCAUUUCCACGACCGGCUCGAAGCCCUACGUCGUCGGCACCCAGAUCAGGCAUCGCGACAACAACACCGACGAGAUUGCAGUGAUCGACACUAUCGCUGCGACGACCGGAGAUCUGUUCUUCAAUGCGAAGAAGACUCUCGAUUAUAUCAAAGCCGAAGACUGGUCACUGAUCAACAACACCUCGUCCCGUCCAUCCCGCGAUGUGCUCAAGAAAGCAGGAGAUGCCUAUCUCGACAUGUGGACGGAUGCGAAAGCUGCAGACAGCAUACCCUGGGGUACGGAUUGCGAGCGCGUGGAAGGCAGCCAGUUCACCAGGCCAUGCGGGAAGAGCCUGCCCCGGGGUGGGAGCACGAAGAGCAAUGGAAACAGGCGAUACGUUAUCGAUGAUGUGUCGGGGAGUGUGGACGUACUAUGUAGCUUUGACAGUCUGGGGAAUUACCCCGAUAGUCACGAAAUUCGGAUUAUCGAUGGGAAGGUCAAGUACGUCCAUACGAUUACUGUCAAUGGGAAGUAG